AUGGCACCGCGCCCUCGAACACUCGCUUUGGCGGCUUUGGCGCUGGCGCCUUCCGGCGCGCUUGCUGGGGCUGUGCAAGCGGCGAACUUGACAUUGCCAUCAUCGGCUGCUGCGAACAAGCAGGCCGUUGUCGACAUCUUCACUUCAUCCUACAAUGCGUACAAGGAAUACGCGUACGGUCACGACGAGGUCGCGCCCAUCAGCAAGGGCUUCCUUGACCCUCGCAACGGCUGGGGCGCGUCUAUCAUCGACGGAAUGACUACUAUGUACAUCAUGGGUCUAACAGAUCUGUUCAACGAUGCGGUCUCAUUCGCAGAGAAGAUCGACUUCAGCGUGAACGCGGCACCACAGGACGACGUCUCCGUCUUCGAGAGCACGAUCCGUUAUGUUGCUGGGCUCAUCAGCGCGUACGAGCUGUCCGGGAAGCAAAACAAGAACCUUAUCGACAAGGCUGAGCAGCUAACGAGCCGCAUGGUCGACAUCGCGUUCGCGAACAACAUCACGGUGCCAUAUGGACAUCUCAACUUCACGACGAACACCGGGAUCCAAUCGACGUCCAACAUUGCCGAGGUUGGCACCUUGACGCUCGAGUAUGACCGGUUGAGCUUGUACACCGGAAACAACACGUAUCGCCAGCUCGCGGAGAAUGCCGCGAAGUAUCUCGCUACGUACCCCAAUACGCCGCUCCCCGGUCUUCCCGGGCAGUGCAUCGAGCCCGGUACAGGCUCCUUCGCCUGUGACUACGUCACAUGGGGUGGAGGAUCAGACAGCUACUUCGAGUACCUCAUCAAGUACGCGCGCUUGACGAACAACGCCGAUGAGACGUAUGUCAACGCAUGGAAGCUCGCCGUCGACUCGAGUAUCCAUUCCCUAAAGAAGAAGAGCACUAUUGGCAACUACACCUACAUCACGGACUACGAUGGCAGCCGGAACGUGUAUGUCAGCUCGCAUCUCGAGUGCUUCCAUGCUGGGAAUUGGUUGCUUGGUGGGAAGCUUCUCAACAACGAUACUAUCGUUGAGGUCGCGCUCGAGAUGAACGAGGCCUGCUGGAAUACCUACAACAGCACACUCACCGGCAUCGGCCCCGAGGUCUUUGCCUUCGUAGGCACGGAUGGAAACUACACCGGCUCGUCCAUCUCUGCCGAUCAACUCAACUUCUAUAACGAGCACGGCUUCUACAUCACCGACGCUGACUACAUUGAGAGGCCCGAGGUACUUGAGAGCAACUUCUACGCGUACCGCGUCACUGGUGACCAGAAGUACCUCGACCGCGCCGCAUCGGCCGUCGCGAGCUUCAACAAGUACCUCAAGCUCGACAACGGCGGCUACACGGACAUCAGCAAUGUCAAUCAAGCCAACAGUUCUCGCUACGACGAGACUGAGAGCUUCUGGUUCGCGGAGGUCCUGAAAUACUUGUACCUCACUUUCGACGACCCGUCGCAUAUCUCGCUUGACGAAUACGUAUUCAACACGGAAGCACACCCCUUCAUCGCACCGGCUGCGCUAACCCAGUACUAG